GCCCUGCUGCCUGUCGUUAACAAACAGCGCGUGCGACAAACGCAUCAAAUACGACGAACGAAUACAAGAUCUCGUAACCCAUCACAACUGACCUUUCCAGCACUGACACCGCAAGAUCUCAUCAACAGCACGCGUAGCCCCCCAACCGCCUCAAAUACCACAACUUCUUGCCCAACAUGCCGAAGAAAAUGUUCACCGUCCUCGAAAACAACCCUUCUGUCAUGAAUCACCUAGCAAAAGCGCUUGGCAUGGACGAGAGCCUCUCAUUCUACGACAUCUACUCGCUCACAGACCCCGAUCUGCUCGCUUUCAUCCCGCGCCCCGUAUACGCACUGCUCGUCAUCAUCCCUCUCACGCUAACAUGGGACGAAGCCCGAACCACCGAGGAUGCGGAUAAGAGCGAUUACGAGGGCAAAGGCGAGGAUGAGCCGGUCAUCUGGUUCAAGCAAACAAUUGGCAAUGCGUGCGGGAGCAUUGGCCUGGUGCAUAGCUUGCUGAAUAGUUGGGCAAGUGAGCGCAUAGUGUCUGGGUCCACGCUCGAUCAGAUCAGAAAGCAUGCGCUGCCAAAGGGUAUGGUCGAGCGUGCGAAGGUAUUAGAAGAUUCAGAUGCGUUCGAGAAGGCGCAUGCGGAGGCUGCGCGAAUGGGGGAUACAGAGGCUCCUACUACGACUGAUGAGUACCAUCUGGGACAGCAUUUUGUCUCCUUUGUAAAGGCGAAGGAUGGACGACUGUGGGAGCUGGAAGGCGGUCGUAAGGGCCCGCUUGAUCGCGGCGCGUUAAAGGACGACGAGGAUGUGCUCAGCCCUGCGGCGCUAGAGAAAGGCUUGGGCAGGCUGAUGCGUAUUGAAAGUGAGAAGGGCGGGGAUUUGAGAUUUUCCGCCAUCGCUCUGGCUUCGAGUCUCUAUUGAAGUGCUUGCUGGUCGUCAGACGCGGUUACGAAGCUUCGCGUUACGUUCGAGAUCAAGUUGGUAUCACAAAGACAGUAUGCACAUUGUCAUUAGCCUUGGCUCCUUCAUACUAGUCUUCGACUCCGGGAAAGUCCGCAAUAUUGAGCACGUCUUCAC